AUAUAUUUUUUACCCAUAAUCAAUCGUUGAGCGAUGAGGGGAUACAGCGGAGUUGGAGACAAAGAUCGCGGCCUCGGCCCUCGCCCCGGUGGAGGGAACCGUGUUUCUUGGUCUGGUUUAGGCGGCGGGGGUGGCGGAGACGGCGCUUCUACGUCUGGAUUCAGAGGCGGGGAUGGUGGUGCCCGCGGUUCUAGGGUUGGAUUCAACAGCGGAGGUGUUGUCAGCGAGGGCGGCGGAGACCACGCUUCUACUUCUGGAUUCAGAGGCGGGGAUGGUGGUGCCCGCGGUUCUAGGGUUGGAUUCAACAGCGGAGGUGUUGUCAGCGAGGGCGGCGGAGACCGCGCUUCUACUUCUGGAUUCAGAGGCGGGGAUGGUGGUGCCCGUGGUUCUAGGGUUGGAUUCAACAGCGGAGGUGUUGUCAGCGAGGGCGGCGGAGACCGCGCUUCUACUCCUGGAUUCAGAGGCGGGGAUGGUGGUGCCCGCGGUUCUAGGGUUGGAUUCAACAGCGGAUGUGUUGUCGGCGGCAGAGGGAAGGGGAAUUACACUAACGCAUGCCUGACGAUGCACCAGCCCUGGGCCUCCCUCCUCGUCCAUGGCAUCAAGCGCGUGGAAGGAAGAUCGUGGCCAGCGCCUCUCACCGGUCGUCUUUGGAUACAUGCUGCUUCAAAAAUCCCAGAUCCUGAGACCAUCAAAGCAAUGGAGGAUUUCUACAAGGAGAUAUACUCUGUGAAUGGAGUCACUGAUAUCAAGUUUCCAGAGCACUAUCCCAUAUCUAGAUUGUUGGGUUGUAUUGAGGUGGUGGGAUGUGUUAGAUCUGAAGAACUUGUGAGCUGGGAGCAAGUACCUGAGUCGGUGAGGCUUGAAGGCCUAACAGACUUUUGCUGGUUGUGUGAAAAUCCACAGAAGUUAGUAGUCCCAUUUGAAAUGCGUGGAUUUCAAGGGGUGUAUAACUUGGAAAAAAAGAUUUAUGAUGCAGCAGUAAGAGGUCUUCGCCCAAUUCAAGGCCCUUUGCCCGUGAAGUUUCCACUUCCAGAUCCUCGUGAUCCUUUUUCACUCAAGCCAGGAUCCCUUGCGCUGCACUUUAGUAACAACAAAGCACCUGCAUCCGUGAAAACUCCUAGUGUCAGUGCAGCUAUUGCCGGUGCACGAGCUGCCGCAACACAGUUCUCCAAAAGGGAUCAGAGUAACUUGUCUAAUAGUAACCACAGUUAAAUAUGCUCAGCAAUAGGCAUAGGCAGGAACUUAGUUACACGAAGGAUAGAAAGUAGCAGGGUUCAGAAAAUGAGACGCGGCCUUUUGGGCUCUCUUAACAAUGACGAGCAAGAUUCAAAGAGGAAAAAAGGGUAGAAUUUGGCUUUUAUCUCGAUGAAAAAGCCAACACAGUUUAGUUCCUUGCCAAUAAAGCGGAAGAACUUUAUUGUGUGCAUCUAAUUCAGUCUGAUGGACAAUAUUGCAGUGUUACCAAAUGUCAUUACAUUUGCUACUCAGGUAGAAUUGUAUGUUUCUAAUUGCAUUCAAUAGGUUGCUCAUAAUUUUGACAAAUGCUUUUCCUCUUUUUGUACGUACCGUUGUGCACUUAUGUUACUGAUGCUGGAAUUUUUAGGGGGGCGUUGAGAUCUC